AUGCUGCUAAUACAUGAUAUCAAUUUUGGGAAGGUCAUUCUCACUGCCGCUGUGAUCUACGUGCCCGCCCUCGCAUUCGCCAAAGUCGGCCUCAUUAUCCUAUACCAUCGCAUCGUGAACAAACAAGUCAUCUAUGUGUGGACGCUCCACAUCAUCUCAGCAGUUGUUGGCGGAUACAGCAUCGCCAUUGUCUUUGCCUUAAUCUUCGCAUGCAACCCCAUAUCAAGAAGCUGGGACUCUUCUAUCACAGAGGGCUACUGUAUUAAUCGCAAUGGCUUGUAUAUUGCAACGGCCGCCACAAACAUCGUGACCGACAUUGCCCUGAUUUUGGUUCCUAUACCGCUCGUGAUGGGUCUCCAAAUGCCGAGAAGACAAAAGUUAGGGCUUCUCAUCCUGUUCGUCGUUGGUUGCGCCACAUUAAUCACCAGCAUUCUGCGACUCACCACACUCGUCACAUAUCUCAAUCAGACCGAUGUGACUUACCAGUUAGCACCAUCACAGCUUUGGAUCUACGUCGAAGCAAACCUCAUCAUUAUUUGUCCUUGUCUACCAUUCCUCCGGCAGUUCUUGCGUCGCCACUCACCCGCGUGGCUCGGCGAAAACAGUAGCCAACGUUAUGUCAGAGAAUACAGUUCUGGCACCACCUCGCGUAGUCGUCGCAAGCAGGGGCUUAGCCGCCUGCAAGACGACAUUGCUCUCGCCGAAAAUGCAGGAAGCACGCACAGUCAAGCUCACAUCAUCAAGGAGGUUCAAUGGCAAGUAACAGAAGAGCGAAUAGACGCGGAUCCUUCGGCCAGUGUUGGACCCUUCCAUUGA